GCGGCAAAUUUGAGUUUUGUUUACAAUAAACGUUUUAUUGUAAACAAAACUCAAAUUUGCGAUUAAACUGCGAUUAGUCUCCAAAUAUGGGAGCAAAGAAGGGCAAAAAACCUCCACAAAAACCACAAGAAAAGAACAAAAAAGCUUUACAAAUUGAUAUGGCUGUGGCUAGUGAUUUGUCUUCUUUAGCCACUGCAAGUUUCAUCGAGGGACUCCAGCACAGCAAUGGUCCUCCUCUUCAUAGUACAGCUGUGGAGGAAGACUUGGCAGCUGCAGAGGAAGAACAGGUCCAGAAGAAGUUGACAAAACGUCCUGCAGCUCACAAGGAGACAAAAAAUCAGAAGAGGCCAAAAUCCACUCCACAAAAAAAGGCAACAAAGAGGAAGAGUUCUGGACAUGCAGAUGCAGCCAGAGCAGUCAAAAAGCAGAUGGUAAAGAGCCAAAAGGGAAUCACUUCAUCAGAGAAAUCCAGUCAACAGUCUCAGGAGCAGUCAGAAGGAGAAGCCCCCUCUCAUGGCCACAGAGACAUGUUCUCAUCUGACGAAGACCUGGAGGAGAGCUGGAAACCAAGUCCAAAGAAACAUAAAGGUCUCAGUUCAAAGAGAUCCAGGAUGUCUUCAUCUGACAGAUCCAGAAAGUCUUCUUCAGGCAGCGGAUACCAGCCUGAAAAAGUGAGAGAAAAGAAGAAACUUAAGCGAUCGAGUGUCACAGAGUCUGAAAUGGUGUUGGAUGAGUUUUUGGACUUCUUUGAACAAUACAAGCAGACGGUCGAGUCUAAAGCAGUGAACCAGGCGCUGGAUUAUUUUGCCUCAAAUGUUAAAGAUCAACUCACAGAAAAGAUAUACUCCAAUAAACAGCUGAAGACUGUGAUGAGGGAAAACUCUAAGUUGGCCUCAGCAAUUCGGACGAAGAGGCAGAGACUUUUGGAUGCCAAGAAUGAACUCAUUAAGUCAGAGCGACAGUUGUGGCUGCUGCAAAAGGACAAAUCUGAACUGGAGCAAAACUUAAAGGAUUUAAAUCAAAGCAGAACUUUCCUCCAAAACCUGCGAGAGCUCAAUAAAAGAUAUCUCCAACACCGACAGAAGAAUCUACAAGAGAGAGAAACGUACGGCGCGUCAAGUUUACCUGCUUUACUCAUCGAGGCUAAACACGUCCGAACUACAGAACUUCAGCUGAAAGAAAUCAAUGACAGACUGCAAAAAGUUGUCACAGAAAAAUAGAGAAGGGGAUUGAGUGUUUUAUAUUUUUCACAUUAAAUUGUAAAAAUAUUAGUUCAUUACUUGUGUUAUCUGUCCUUAAAGAUACUGUACUGAUCACAGAAAAUGGAUUGUUUCCUUUUUAGCAUUUAAAAUUUCCAAUCAGUUUUCUGUUGUUAAAAUAAUAAAUUUAAAUCAUGUUUUUUUUUUAUCUGUGU